AUGGAAAAUAUAUCAGUUGCUAGCGGAGCAACAGAGUGUCCUAUAUGCUUAGAUACAUUCCAUUUCCCAACUUCAACUCCUUGUGGUCACAAUUUUUGCCUCACAUGUAUAGAAAACCUCAUAAAGCACAAAUUCUUCACAGUAAAGUGCCCAAUUUGCAGAUCGUAUAUCCCCAGAUCUGGCUAUCAAAUUAAUAAAUUGCUUGAUGACGUGCUCACAGUCCUCUACCCUUCUGAAUAUAUAAAAGGGAAAAUUGAUGAUAUUUGGAGCUCUUCACAAAAGCCCAAAACAAAAACUUUUCAUAUAAGGAAAACAAUUAUGAUAUUAAUUGCGAUAAUAGGACUUAUCCUCCUGAAAAAGAAAAUUGCAAUAAAGAUCAUAAAUAAAAUAUGAAUUUUGCUAUCAAAAUUCUCAUCUUUGAUUGUUACAAUAUUAUUUGGACAAUACGCAGUCUAUGGCCACAUGCUUGUCUCAAAUAUUAUCAAUAUCAUUUUCAGAACAAGCAUAGUGUGGUAG